AAGGAGUCGCGAGAGAGGCGGUGCGCGCUGACAGUGUCCCUGAGCCUCCGAGCUCGUCUCGCCGGCGCCGGCUUCGCCGCUCCGCGCAGUGCCCAGCCCUGCCCCGCCGACCCGCCUCUACUGCCGGCUCCGCGCCCUUCUCCGAGGGCUGGAUGAUGGGCGCUUUCGCCCUGCAGACGGUGGACACCGAGCUGACCGCGGACUCGGUGGAGUGGUGCCCGCUGCAAGGCUGCAGGCACUUGCUGGCGUGCGGGACCUACCAGCUGCGGCGGCCGGAGGACCCGCCUGCCGACCCCCAGAGCAAGGGUGGAAUGGAAGUUGAGGAGCCUCGAGUCCGCUUAGGCCGUCUCUUCCUAUACAGUUUCAAUGAGAACAACUCUACUCACCCUCUGGUCGAGGUCCAGAGAAAAGAUACUUCUGCAAUCCUGGACAUGAAAUGGUGCCACAUCCCGGUGGCUGGACAUGCCCUCUUGGGCUUGGCAGAUGCCAGUGGAUCCAUACAACUGCUCCGCCUGGUGGAAUCUGAGGAGAAGAGCCACGUGCUGGAGCCAUUGUCCAGCCUUGCCCUGGAGGAGCAGUGUCUGGCUUUGUCCCUAGAUUGGUCCACUGGGAACACUGGAAGGGCCAGGGACCAGCCCUUGAAGAUCAUCAGCAGUGACUCCACAGGGCAGCUCCACCUCCUGAUGGUCAAUGAGACGGGGCCCAGGCUGCAGAAAGUGGCCUCAUGGCAGGCACAUCAAUUCGAGGCCUGGAUUGCUGCUUUCGAUUACUGGCAUACAGAAAUUGUGUAUUCAGGGGGCGACGAUGGCCUUCUGAGGGGCUGGGACACCAGGGUACCCGGCAAAUUCCUCUUCACCAGCAAAAGACACACCAUGGGCGUGUGCAGCAUCCAGAGCAGCCCCCACUGGGAGCACGUCCUGGCCACAGGAAGCUAUGAUGAGCACAUCCUACUGUGGGACACACGGAACAUGAAGCAGCCGUUGGCAGACACGCCCGUGCAGGGUGGGGUAUGGAGAAUCAAGUGGCACCCAUUCCACCACCACCUGCUCCUGGCCGCCUGUAUGCACAGUGGCUUUAAGAUCCUCAACUGCCAAAAAGCAAUGGGCUUUUGCUGUGUUCCUCACCUUAGAGUGUGGUUCUGUAGCCCUGCCUGAUGAUUCUCUUGGAGGCACACAGGCGUGUGCACUGCAAGAUGACGGUCUGUUUCUUCUCCAACAUCUGCCCAGGUCUUGCUGGUUCCUUUGCAUGACACGGCGGCUCCUCAGGAAACACGUGCUGACCUCUGAGGGGCUGUUCUUGGUGGAGUCUCCCUGUCAGGCAUGACAGGCUGGGGAGAGGCUCUGGGUGAUGUUGUGUUUCCCGGGUUCUCUGAUCUCUCACUCCAGAGGAGAAGCAGGAGGCGACGGUCCUGGCAUCCCACACAUUGCCCGACUCGCUGGUGUAUGGAGCCGACUGGUCCUGGCUGCUCUUUCGUUCUCUGCAGUGGGCCCCCUCGUGGUCCUUUCCUAGCAACCUAGGAACCAAGACGGCAGACCUGAAGGGUGCAGGCGAGUUGCCAACACCCUGUCAUGAAUGCGUAGAGAAUAACGAUGGGGCGGGCCAUGCCAGACCCCAGAGUGGAAUGAAGCCACUCACAGAGCGCAUGAGGAAGAACGGCACCUGGCUGCAGGCUACAGCAGCCACCACGCGUGACUGUGGCAUGAACCCGGAAGAAGCAGACUCGACCUUCAGCCUCCUGGCCACCUGCUCCUUCUAUGACCAUGCGCUCCACCUCUGGGAGUGGGAGGGGAACUGAGCUUGAAAUCAUGAAGCCCCUUCCCAUAAGGAAACCAGGAGGGAGACUGUGAGUGAAUGCCCAGGACCACCUCAUCGGAGAUGCUUACUGCAGCCCUGCAGGCGCCUGUGCACUGAUGGAAUCCACAGUGUAGUCAGAAAAGCUGUUGACUUCUCUUAAAUCAACUUCCCUGCUAGGCCGCUGAAAAUGGACUGGGCAGUGGGGAAAAGACUCAGUUCCCAGCUUGCAGAUUUAAGUUUUUCAGGUAGAUUUUGACUUUCAGCCUUUCAUACUUGUUUAAGCAACUAUUUAUAUUAAAGUUUUUUGAAAAACAUGACUUUAUAACAUGUUUAAAACGAAUAUUUAAUGCCUCAUCAUGGCACCAGAAGUGCUUAUACAGAUUUAGCACAGCCAGUCCAAAAAUCCGAAAUCUCAAACCUUUUGGAAAAUCCCACAGCUGAACUCAUGUGAUGAGUUGCAUAUAUUAUUAAAAAUACUGAGCACAGGCACAGUGGCCUGUAAUUCCAGCGCUUUGGGAGGGGCUGAGGCAGGAGGAUUGCUUGAGGCCUAGAGUUCAAGACCAGCCUGGGCAACAUAGCAAAACGCAGUCUCUAUAAAAAGUAAAAAAAAAAAGCCAGGUGUGGUGCACGUGCCUAUGGCCCCAGCCACUUGGGAGGCUGAGGCAGGAGGAUUGUUGGGCCCAGGACGUCGAGGCUGCACAGCCAGGGGCAACAGAGCAACACUAAUCUCUAAAAAUCAAAUAAAUAAUAAAAAUAUUGUGUAAACAAU